CUCAUGCUUGCGGUUGGGGUCGGAGGUCAGAGCGAGCGUCUCGCGGGCCGGAGGAGGAAGAUGGCGGUGGAGUCACGCGUCACCCAGGAGGAAAUUAAGAAGGAGCCGGAGAAGCCGAUCGAUCGGGAGAAGACAUGCCCGCUGCUGCUGCGGGUCUUCACCACCAAUAACGGCCGCCACCAUCGAAUGGACGAGUUCUCCCGCGGAAACGUGCCCUCCAGCGAGCUGCAAAUCUACACUUGGAUGGAUGCAACCUUGAAAGAACUGACUAGUUUAGUAAAAGAAGUCUACCCAGAAGCUAGAAAGAAGGGCACGCACUUCAAUUUUGCAAUUGUUUUUACAGAUCUUAAAAGGCCUGGCUAUCGAGUAAAGGAGAUUGGCAGCACCAUGUCUGGCAGAAAGGGGACUGAUGAUUCCAUGACCCUGCAGUCGCAGAAGUUCCAGAUAGGAGAUUAUUUGGACAUAGCGAUCACCCCUCCAAAUCGGGCACCACCUCCUUCUGGGCGCAUGAGACCAUAUUAAAUUUUACUUACUGCUUCUUGAAUGUAUUUUCCAGUCAAUUAUGUAAAAUAAACUUGCUCUUUUCCUCCCCCUGAUUAUUGCCAUUAAGCCUUUAAACUCUAUAAACAAAUUGUAAUGCAUCUGUUUAGGUUAGAUUUGGCUGUGUUGUGGUAUGAAUAUUAAUAGAAAGUCCAUAUUGUUUCAAGGUCUGCUGUAAAAUAUGAAAAGUGCUCUUAGCAUUCUGUGUUAAAUAUAUGUGUGCAAUCAA